UCGCAUAAGUCAAUUUCUGUUGUUCUUAAGAGAAUGAAGAAAAUAAUUGGUACCACACUCUGCACUUUAAAAUUAGCUGUUUUUUUCAUUUAUAUAGAAUUAACUUUACAAACCAAACUUUUUCCUCUGGAACCAUAUCUGCAUCCUGAUAUUCAUUAUUAUCGAAAUGGAAGUGGUGGAUUACAACCAAUAAAUGGAGUUUUUUCUGUAGUAGUAUCCAAUGGCUAUAUAAUUGGUGUAUUCGAUAAUGGUGCAAUUUAUCCAGCAAUUGAUCGUAAUCUGAAAAUGGUGAAAGUACGCGUAGGCAGCAACCACAAUAUUCCAAUAAGCCUGAAAGAAUAUCAAGAACUUGUACUUUAUUUAAACGAACGGAAUUUAUAUCUUCACCUUGCUAAACGUGUAGACCCGAUUCAUUCAAGCCAAGGAAAUGUAAUUGAAAAUUCUAAAAUGUAUUCAAAUACUUCAUUCUAAAAUUAAAGUUUUGCUUCGAUUGUAGACUAUAGAAUUAAUUAGCGAAUAAAUUUAAAAUAGAAAAAAAUAAUAAAAGAAAGUCCUGUACUCUCUAGGAAAUUUGGAUUAAUUACAAAAAAAGAUCUAUUGAAAUUUCCAAUACAGUCUAGGAAAAUAUGCCAAGUUCCGCGAGGAAAGGGACCUUAGGCUUAAAAAAUCGAUUUUCAGAUUUUUGAUGACAUUGAUGGUUUCAAAUUCGCUCUUUCAUAUUGAAAA